AUGGCCGCGUCGAGGAGUGGGCUCGUUUCCGCUUCCGCCUUCAUCAGCCCAGCUGCGCUCCUGAUCGAGAAAGACGGUGUGAUGAUUGCAACUGGCGUGCUCGCGUGUUUUUGUGGUUGUGUCGCGGGUGUGGGACGAGAGUUUGUACUCGGUGCCGAAGACGGAGUGACUUGCGUGGGGAGUGACCACCUGCACUUUUGCAAUUGUGAUGACAACAACAAUGAUGACCAUGAUGAUGAUGAUGAGGGUGGUGCUCGUGGUGAUCACGCUGAAGAUGACGGGGUGGUUGUGGUGGUGACAACAUGA